UGUGUGAAGCGCAGGACUGUAAUGUUGCUGGCUUUCUAUGCAAGCUGAAUGACAGACGUUUUAUUUUGAUCUACCAUCACCAGAGAUGGAGUUUUCUUGCAGUCAUGUUGUGUGUAACUGGAGGUCUGAGAGCUUAACAGAAGAUGAAGCUAAAGUCUCAAAUCAAGGUUCUGCCUCCACUCUUCCCUGUGGUCUGUUCAGAGCUCAGUCCGUCUCCGAUCAUCCUUACGACAACCGCGCUACCUUUGUUCAAAAACCAGCUCCAUUGAUGGCUCCACCACCUGUACCGCCCCGUAACAUACAAAGGAGAGAAACUCUCUGUAGCGCACUCCCACCACCAUUACCACCGAGAGGUCUGGAAAAUAAUGGAGAGACUCGACUUAAAGCUAAUGUAAAUGUAGUGUCGCUAAAAGUGGGAAGCCUCGUGGACAUUGGUAAAGCAUCUGCUAUACAGAGCAGCCAGAAACCAGUGCGUUGUGGGAAAUGCAAUGCCAUCAUGUCCUCAGCAAGCAGCCCAGAGACACAACAGAAAACUAUAAUAUGGCGCUGUGAGUUUUGUGGGAAGGAGAACGUUUACCCCCAGACUACACUGAAGGGCGGCCGGUUUCCUUUGCGCAAUCCUCCAGGCAGGGAUAUACUUUACUUGGACGAUGAUGAGGACACAGAUUAUGAGAAUCUAGACGACAUGCUUAUUGUCCUGUGCGUGGACAUUUCCGGAAGUAUGAGCGUCACUUCUGAGAUCUCUCCUGGUAACAGCACACGAUCACCCACAUAUGUUUCUCGACUGCAGGGAGUCCAAGAAGCUCUUCAGAUGGUGCUGACCUCCCUGCAGAAAACCUCACCUCACCGAAGAGUGGCACUGGUGACGUUUAACAAUGAGGUGACAGUAUAUGGUGAUGGCACAAAGGUUCCUCUCACUCUGAGAGACUGGGCACUGCUGGACUAUGACUAUCUAAAGAAGGAGGGUGAGAACUACAGCACCCCUCACUGCAUUGCAGAGACAAUCCAACCUCUCACCCAGAAAAUCAAAGAACUCAGAGAGCAUGGAGCCACAGCACUGGGACCCGCUGCCCUCAUCUCUGUUGCCAUGGCAUCUCAGUUCACAGGGUCAAAAGUUAUAAUUUGCACAGAUGGGCAGGCCAACAUAGGCUUAGGCCAAUUAGAUCAAGAGUCUUCCCAUUGCCCCACCCCCUCGCCUUAUUUUUACAACCAGUUAGCCCAUUAUGCUGCUGAAAAAGGUGUGAUAGUGUCCGUGAUGACCUUUGAAGGAGAGGACUGUCGUUUGGCAGAGGUUGGGAGGUUGGCUGAUCACACAGGAGGCAGAAUAAAUAUUGUAAAUAUUGGUACAGUUGCCACAGAGAUUCAGAGCGCUAUAGCUGACAAUGUCCUAGCAACUAGCGUUAUGGCAACACUGCUGGCACCGGAUGGCAUGUACUUCCCCUAUGAGGAGGAUAAUCAUAGGUUAGUACGAGAGAUUGGCAACGUAACAGAUGGUGUUGAGAUCACCUUCCAGUUUGCAGUCAGACCAGAAAAAGUUGAAAGUUUCCAACAACGGGACCGGGUCCCUUUUCAGCUGCAGCUGAGUUUCAAGACUCGAGAUUUGCAGAAAGUGACGAGAGUCAUCACUCAACAGAAACGUGUCACCACCAGCAGUUGGGUGUGGGCAGGCAGUUUAAAUAUGUCUGUGUUGGGCGUUCACUGUGCCCAGCUGUGUGCCAGGCUGACUAUGGAGGGCCGGGUACAGGAAGCACAGAGACAACUCAGAGCUCAGCAGGACCUUCUCAAAGACAUCAGUCAACAGAAGCCGAGCCCUAAAGAAGAGAGUAUCUAUGGGAACUGGAUCAGCACCAUGAGUAUGAUCUGUGAAGACCUCACCACUGUCAACCAGAACACAGCAGAAACUGACACCAUACCAGCAUCCCGAACACCUUCCGCUGCGAGUCUCUCAGAUGCGGCGGCCAAGGUGGUCUACCAAAUGAAGAGAGCGAAGAGCGUGAGCGGAAAGGGACAGAGAGUUGCCAUGCUGGAGCACUGAGCUCAGAUGUCACCUAGACUCAUGAGCAGCCAUUUAAAUGUGAAACCAGUCAUAUAGGCUGCUAUAUCAAUCUCAAAUUAUGGGCAAUGAAUACUGCUUGGAAUAUAUGCAAUAUAAAAUAUAUGCAAACUAUGAGUCGAUAACCUAGUAUCCAGCUGGUGAGUUUCUUGUCAUGCCAUCACUGCUGUAUUUAUCUUUGGCUGGUCUGUGCAUUUCAGACAAUUUUGCGCGAGUAACUUGGGUAAAUGUAUGUCAGAUUACCAGCUUAGAUACUAGGGACUGUAUUAAUAAAUAUAAUGCGGUCAAAUAAAACA